CCAUGCCACCCCACGGAGGGGUGUUUGUGGGUCUCUCGAUGCUGCUGGCCCUCAGUCUGGCCCAGAGCCCCCCAGGGUGGGCCACUCUUGCCUUUGUCUUCGAUGUCACCGGCUCCAUGUACGACGACCUGGUGCAGGUGAUGGACGGGGCCUCGCGCAUCCUGGAGCGGACGCUCAGCAGGAGCACGAAGCCCAUCAGCAACUAUGCCCUGGUGCCCUUCCAUGACCCAGAGGUGGGACCUGUCACCCUCACCACGGAUCCCCAGCUCUUCCAGCAGCGCCUAAGGGAGCUCCAUGUCCAGGGCGGGGGGGACUGCCCGGAGAUGAGCGUGGGAGCCAUCAGGGUGGCCGUGGAGAUCUCGCAUCCCGGGUCCUUCAUUUACGUCUUCUCGGAUGCUCGGGCCAAGGACUACGAGCAGCAGGAGGAGCUGCUGCGGCUGCUGCAGCACAAGCAGAGCCAGGUGGUGUUUGUGCUGACGGGGGACUGCGGGGACAGGAGCCACCCCGGGUACCGCGUGUACGAGCGCAUCGCUGCCACCAGCUCCGGGCAGAUCUUCCACCUGGAUAAGCAGCAGGUGACAGAGGUGCUGAAGUGGGUGGAAGAGGCCAUCCAGGCUUCCAAGGUCCACCUCCUGUCCACAGACCAUGAGGAGGGUGGGGAGAACACAUGGCAGGUCCCCUUUGAUCCCAGCCUGAAGGAAGUCACCAUCUCCCUGAGUGGCCCUGCGCCAUGGAUCAAGGUCCGGGAUCCUGCAGGAAAGGUCCUGGAGAAAGGCCGAGGUCUGAAGGAACUGCUCAGCAUCCCCAACUCAGCCAUGGUGGUGGCUCUGGAGCCCUACGAGCCAGGGACAUGGCUGGUCACGACCCGCAGCAGUGGCCGCCACUCGUUGAGGAUCACGGGCAUCAGCAAUGUGAAUUUUCAAGCCAGCUUCUCCAGCCAGCCGGAAUUUGACAGCAGCCAGCCCGGGGAGCGGCCUGUGCAGGGUCUGCCCAUCUCUGUGCUGGUGAACUGCAGCGGUCUGAGGCCGCCUGGGCGCCUGCAGGAGAUCGAGCUCUUCAACACCUCGGGCCACGUCCUGCUCUCGCUGCCUGCCCAGCCCCUCUUCAACUCCUCUUCCUCCGGCUCCACCGCGCAGCUCUGGGUGGCUUCGCCGCUCUGGGUCCCCCCGGGUGACUUUCUGCUGAAGGUGAAGGGUGAAGAUGCCCAGGGCCACCCCCUGCACCGCCUCUCAGGGGUCACCUACACCAGCGUGGUCCCUGGUCUACCUAAAGUGAACAUCUCCAGCAACAUCCAGGCUUACAACCGUGAGCCACAGCUCAUCUCCUGCUCUGCAUGGAGUGACAUCCCUUUCCAUCUGCAGCUCAGCCGUGGCAGGAUGAAGCUCAGGGAAGGGCAGUUCUUCAGGAUUUCAGGGAACAUCAGCUGGUUGAUCCCUGCAGUGUCCAAGAGUGAUGAAGGCUUUUAUGAGUGCACUGCCACGAGCAAGGUCGGAGUGACCCGAGCUCGUGCCUACGUCUCUGUCUCAGAGCCCCCACCACGUCUCAUCGCCCCGGGCAACAUCACGGCUUCACCGGGCCAAGACGUGGUCAUGUCCUGCGUGGUUCUGGGGGAUGUGCCCUACAACCUGACCUGGAGCUGGGAUGGGAAGGCAGCACAGCCAGGGGACGGCCGGACCCGGCUGCUGCAGAACCAUUCUCUGGAGAUCAGCCCCGUGCAGCCAGGGGAUGGGGGCCUGUACGAGUGUGUGGCACAGAGUGCCCAUGGCACUGCCACCGCCUCCCUCUGGCUCUUCAUCCAGGAGGCUCCAUGGGUGAAGGUGGACCCCAGCCCGCAGCGUUUCCGCAGGGGCCAGGAGCUGCGGCUGAACUGCACGGCCGGGGGCCACCCCCAGCCCCACAGCACCUGGAAGCGCUGGGGCUGGGCACUGCAGCAGGAUGAGAGGGUUUUCAGGGAUGCUGAGGGUACCUUGCACAUCAGGUCUGCUGUACCAGAGGAUGCAGGGAAUUACAGCUGCUAUGCCAGCAGCACACUGGGCUGGGAUGAGCAGGGGAUCACCCUGGAGUUCACUGAACCUCCUGCCAUCCUGGCAGUGACGCCCAGCCUGAAGGUGCUGGUGGGAGAGGAUGUCACCCUGGAGUGCUGGGUUUCGGGGGCACCCCCACCGCACGUCGUGUGGUACAAAGGCGAGCAGGUGAUGGCGACAUUCCCGGCGGGCACGCAGCGGGCGGUGCUGCGGCUGCAGGCGGCGCGGGAGGAGGACGCGGGGCACUACGGCUGCCAGGCUGGCACCGCCUUCGACAGCACCGAGCUGCACGUGGGCUCUGCCCCUCACUUUCCUGAGCCCCUGGGCGACGUGGAGGUCGAGGUUGGGGACAGAGUGAGCCUGCUGUGCCGUGUGGAGGGAUCUCCCCUGCCACAGGUCACCUGGUCCCGGCAGGAUGGGAAGCCCGUGGUGGGCUGGCAGGGACCACAGGAUGUUUCCAGCCAGCUGGAGGCUGCCCAGCUCCUCAUUGAGAGUGCCUCGCUGGAUGACCAAGCCAUCUACAUCUGUGAAGCCCAGAAUGAGUUUGGGAAAAUCCAGGCAGAAGUGAAGCUCACAGUCACAGGACAGGCAGCCCCAGAAAUAGCUCUUGCAUCCCCCGUGGUCCGUGUGCUCCCAGGCCAGCCCGUGUCCCUGCCCUGUGUGAUCCUGGCUGGGAGCCCAUUCCCAGCCCGCCGCUGGCUGAAGGAUGGGCAGAUGGUAGCCCCAGGUGACCGCUAUUCCAUCCGGGCUGAUGGCAGCCUGCACGUGGACCAGGCAUCACUGGGGGAUGCAGGGACAUUCACCUGUGAGGUGACCAACGCCCUCGGCUCACACAGGCAGGACAUGUCCCUGGUCAUCCACGUUCCUCCCAGCAUCGAGCCUGGCCCUGUUCUGGUCACUGCCACCGAGGGAGCGGCUGUCACCCUGCAGUGCAAUGCCACCGGUGUCCCCCCUCCUACUGUCACCUGGACAAAGGGCACAGAGCCCGUUUCACUGAGCCCACACUACCAACUUGACCCCAAUGGGACCCUCCUGAUCCCUUCAUCGUCCCCUGGAGAUGCUGGCACCUACUUCUGCACAGCCACCAAUGCAGCAGGAUUCUCCAGCCGGGAGAUGCAGCUCUCCAUCAGCACAAAGCCCAGGAUCAGCCUGAAUGGAUCACAGGCAUCAGACCCUGUCACUGUCCUGGCUGUGCUGGGGCAGGAGACCACCCUGCCCUGCGAGGUCCAAGGAUAUCCCCCUCCCCUGGUGGUGUGGAGCCGGGAGCCCCAGCCCUUGCCUCUCGCCACCACGAGGUACAGUGUCCUCCCUUCAGGAUCCCUCCACCUGGCCGAGCCCCAGGUGACAGACACUGGCCUGUACACCUGCACGGCCACCAACGCUGCAGGGAACGCCUCACUCAGCUACAGCCUGCACGUCCAAGCUCCCCCCCAGCUGUGGAUUGGUGAUGGGGAAAGACACCUGGCAGCUGUUGCCAACACCUCCCUGAGGAUUCAGUGCCACGCCACGGGCAUCCCCCCACCCCAGAUCCAGUGGCUGAAGGAUGGGCACCCGCUGGAUGGGCAGGAGGGUGUGCUGCUGUCCGAGGACGGUGGCACUCUGCUGGUCACCCGAGUGGGGCUUGGUCACCAAGGGCUCUACAUCUGCCAGGGCAGCAACUGGGCAGGGCUGGCCCAGGCAGAGGUGCAGGUUUCAGUGCAUGUGCCCCCAAACAUCGAACCCAGCGUGGUGGAUCUGGCCAUCCCCGAGAACAGCAUGGCAUCCCUGGAAUGCCUGGCCUCCGGGCUGCCUGCUCCUGACAUCACCUGGUACAAGGGGCAGGAGCAGCUCUGGCCCGGGGCAGGACUGACCCUGUCCAGGGAUGGGAAGCUCCUGCAGAUCCCCCGUGCCCGACUCUCCCAUGCCGGCAGCUAUCGCUGCGUGGCCUCCAACGGGGCCGGUGUGGCUGAGCUCUGGUACAGCCUGCAGGUCACUGUGCCUCCAUCCUUCUCCUCGCCAGAGCCCGAGGCUGUGUCUGUGCUAGAGGGACAAUCUGUCCAGCUGGCCUGCGAGUGCCAUGGAAUCCCCCUGCCCUCCCUGAGCUGGUGGAAGGACGGUGAGCCCCUCUCCACCCAGGCAGGGAGCCCAAAGCUGGUGUCCCCAGGAGGGAGCGUGGUGUACAUGGAGAAGGUCCAGCUGCUGGACCAGGGGACGUACAUCUGCGAGUGCAGGAAUUCUGCUGGCAGCAGCAGCAAGGAGCAUCACCUGGAGGUGCACGCACUGCCAAGGGUCCAGAGUAGCAGCAACGCCCUGAGGAAGGUUUCUGUCAUCGAGGGUGGCGAGACAGUUCUGGAGUGCGAGGCCAUGGGGACACCAGCACCGUGGGUGACGUGGGUGAAGGACGGGCAGCCCCUGGCUGCUGGGGACAGGCUCCUGCUUACAGAGCAAGGGAGGCGGCUGCACAUCCCCAGGGCAGAGGUGGCCCAUGCAGGACACUACACUUGUCUGGUCACCAGUGCAGAGGGGCAGGAGCAGAGGGAGUUUGAUGUUGUGGUGCAUGUUCCUCCUGAGUUCAUUCAAGGGUCAGGACUGACAACCAAUGUCAGCGUUUCCCUGCAAGGAUCCCUGACACUGACCUGCGAGGCCACUGGCAUUCCCCAGCCCACCAUCACCUGGUUCUGGGAUGGCUCUCCUGUCACCCCCAGCGAGCACACACACUUGCUUUCAGGGGGCUGGCUGCUGAGGCUCACCCAUGCACGAGCCCACGAUGGUGGUCACUAUUCCUGCCUGGCCAGCAACAUAGCUGGGGAGGCCAGGAGGCAUUUCUAUGUGCAGGUCCUAGUUCCUCCCCACAUUGAGAAGGCGGGUGAAGAACACACCUUCAGAGUGCCCGAGGGUCACCCUGUCACCUGGUCCUGCCUGGCUUCAGGCAACCCACAACCUAAGAUCACCUGGCUGAAAGACAACCACCCUCUCCCUGGCACCUUCUCCAUCUCCCCUGAUGGCUCCUUGUUCCACAUCCCCCAAGCCUUCCUGGCCCAUGCUGGUCGUUACUCCUGUGUGGCCUCCAGCUCUGUGGGAAAUCAGACCAAGCACUACCUGCUGGAUGUUUUGGCCAGCCCCACCUUUGCUCGAGAUGAUGCUGCUGCAGAAGAAGUGACAGUGAUCAUCAACAACCCCAUCUCCCUGGUGUGUGAGGCUCUGCCAUACCCAUCUCCCAACAUCACCUGGCUCAAGGACGAGGUUCCUCUCAAAGCAUCCAGGAAUGUCCUCCUGCUCCCUGGUGGCCACGGGCUGCAGAUCCUGAACGCCCAGGAGGAGGACACGGGCACCUACAGCUGCAUUGUGGCCAACGAAGACGGGGAGGCUGUGAAGAACUACGCUGUGAAGGUCCUGGUUCCUCCUUGGAUUGCCAGAGAGGAUCCUUUGGGGGACUUUGCUGUGAAAGAGGUGAAAGCCAAGGUCAACAGCACAGUGGUGCUGGAGUGUGAGACCUGGGCUGUGCCUGAGCCGACCAUCCGGUGGUACAAGGACAAGCAGCUUCUGGCAAGUUCUGAACGCCUCCAGAUCCUCAGUGAGGGGCAGGUGCUCCAGAUCCAACCAGCUGAUGUCUCGGAUUCGGGGCACUACACCUGCGUGGCCACCAAUGCUGUGGGUGAAGAUGACAGGGACUUCAUCGUGCAUGUCCAAGUGCCCCCCAUCUUCCAGCAGCAAACAAGCCCCAAAGAAGCCCUUGAGAUCUUCUAUCGGGAGGAAGACCAGGAUGGGGAGGUGACAGAGCACCGACAGGCUGUCCUUGGCCAGCCCACCGCCCUCUACUGCGACACCAGUGCCAUCCCACCCCCCCAGCUCACCUGGUACAAGGAUGGGGAGCCCCUCUCCCCUGGCCCGGGGGUGCUGAUGCUGCAAGGGGGCCGGGUGCUGCAGCUGCAGGCGGUGCAGGAGGGGGACAGGGGCAGGUACACCUGCGAGGCGGCCAACGCUGCGGGACGGGACCGCCUGCACUACGAGCUGGAGGUGCUGACUGCCCCGGCCAUCCGUGGUGGCACGGAAGACCUGGUGGAGGAGGUGACAGCCACCAUCAAUGGCACGGUCCGGUUUGAGUGUGAAGCUACUGGGCACCCAGAGCCCACAGUGUCCUGGCUCUGGAAUGAUCUCCCCAUCGAGGCUGGCCCACGGCACCAGCUCCUGGAGGGUGGCACAGUCCUGCAGGUGGCAAUGGUGGAGGCAGGUGACACCGGGAGAUACACGUGCACGGCUGAGAACCUGGCUGGGUCAGCCGAGAAGCACUUUGCCCUGGCUGUGCAGGCAGAAGCUCCCUGGAGUGUGGGUACAGACCCCGAAAAUGUCGAUGGCAUUGUCAAUGGCAGCGUCUCACUGGUGUGUGACAUCCAAUCCCACCCGGCUGCAGAGAUCGCCUGGUACAAGGACGGCCACGUUCUGCAGCCCAGUGAGGAGGUGAUUGUCACCCGAGCCUUUGGGUUGUAUGACACCCUAAUGACACUGCUGAGUGAUCCCCUCUGGAGAGGACCAAGGGCUGCAUCCUGCAGAACUCCAUGCUGCUGCUUCCUGGGAGCUCAGUGUCCUUUUCUGUGGGGCACAUCAGCUUGCUGGCAUGGUGGCCCGGACCUGGUUCUGCUCCAGGCUGUCCUGAUUCCCUGCUCUCCACUCCUUCCAGGCUCUCGGGUGCUGCAGCUCCCUCAGCUGCAGCUUUCCAGCUCAGGCACAUACACGUGCAUGGCACUGAAUGUGGCCAGCCAGGAUGAGAAGAGUUUCAUCCUCACGGUCCAUGAACCCCCAAGCAUCCAGGACACACAGCAGGAGACGCUUGAAGCUGACGUGGGGACACCCCUGGUCCUGACCUGCCGAGUCACUGGUGUGGCCGUGCCCACUGUCACCUGGCUGAAGGACGGGCGCCCGCUGGAGAUGAGCCCAGAGCAGGGUCUGGUGGUCGGGGGGACCCAGCUCCAGCUCAGCCCCCUCCAGCCCUUCCACCAGGGCCGAUACACCUGCCUGGCACAGGGCCCAGGGGCCGAGACACGCAAGGACUUCAUGGUGCUGGUGCGAGUGCCCCCCCAGAUCAGCAGUGGAGAGCACCCCAGUGAGCACAGCGUGCUGGAGGGCAGCAGCGUGAGGCUGGAGUGCCGGGCAGAGGGGCAGCCCACUCCCCACAUCUCCUGGCUGAAGGAUGGGCAGCCCCUGGGGCUGGAGCCCCCCUCACACGCCCGGGUGUCCCCGGAUGGCAGCGCCCUGCUCCUCGAGGGGCUGCGAGCCGCCCACUCCGGAGCUUACACGUGCCUGGCCUGGAACAGCCUGGGCGAGGACACGCGGCUGCACUCGCUGAACGUGCUGGUCCCUCCUACCAUCGAGAGAGGUGCCGGUGACUCGGAGAUGGUCCGUGGGGUCCUGUCGGCCGUGGUGACACUGGAGUGCUGGGCACGGGGGUCCCCUCCUCUGCAUGUGAGCUGGCUGAAGGACGGGCUGCCCCUCCGCCUGUCCCCUCAUGUCACCCUGCUCAAGGCUGGGCACGUCCUCCGGAUCUCCCAGGCGCAGCUCUCCGAUGCCGGGCGCUACACCUGCGUUGUCUCCAGCCGGGCGGGAGUGGCCGAUCGCAGCUUUGUCCUGCAGAUACAGGCGCCCCCUGUCCUGGAGAGCCCCGAGGGCAGUGAGGAGCAGAUGGUGGCUGAGGGCUCCGAUGUCACUUUCACCUGCGAAGCCACCGGGUCCCCAGCACCAUCAGUGACCUGGCUGAAGAACGGAGAGCCCCUGGAGCAGCAGAGUGACCAGGUGCCUGGUGGCUCACAGCUGAGCCUGGUGGCCGUGGCACCAACUGAUGCAGGCAUUUACUCAUGCCUGGUGGUGAAUGAAGUGGGAGAGGUCAGCAAAGCCUUCCACCUCGUGGUGAUGGAGCCACCCCGUGUCGAGUCUGCGUCCCAUCCCACUGAGAUAUCCAUCACUGCGGGCACCCCUCUGGAGCUGACGUGUGUGGUCACAGGUGUCCCCAUGCCCGCUGUCACGUGGGACAAGGAUGGACGGCUGCUGGCAGGGCCCUCGCUCGUGUUGGGUAAUGAGAGCACCCUCCACAUUGAGAGCGCUGAGGUGGCUGAUGCUGGCUUGUACACCUGCCUGGCCACUAGUCCUGCAGGGGAGGACAGCAGGAGCUUCCAUGUCAGCAUCCAAGCUCCCUCCAGCAUUGCCAGCAGCGGGGAGAUCCCCAUCAUCACGGCUGUGGCAGGGGGGCAGCUGCUCCUGGAGUGCCCAGAGGCUGCUGAGCCGCACCCCAACAUCGAGUGGCACCGGGAGGGCUCCCCGCUGCAGGAGGAUGCCCGCAGGCGGGUCCUGGCCCAGGGGCGUUUCCUGCAGCUCCGGGCGGUGGCUGCUGCAGACGGCGGCGAGUACAGCUGCAGGGCCACCAGCCCCUCCGGCGACACUGGCCCGAGUGUCCGGGUGCAGGUUCACGUGGCCCCGGAGAUCCAGGCGGGCCCCGAGGAGGUGAAGGUAUUGCUGAACACCUCGGCCGUGCUGCCGUGCCGGGCAGAGGGGUGGCCCGUGCCCCGGGUGACGUGGAGGAAGGAUGGCCAGCUCCUGCCCCUGCCUGGGAGUGACAGGCUGCAGCUCCUGCCUGGAGGCUCCCUGCAAAUUGACCCUGUCCAGGUCCAGGAUUUGGGCCAUUACCUCUGCAUGGCAUCCAGCCCUGCUGGCUCUGACCGGCGAGGCCUGGACCUCCAUGUCCUGGUCCCUCCUGCCAUCGUGCCUGGGCCCUCCAACCUCACCCUGCUGGCUCAGCAGCCAGCCACGCUGGGCUGUGACACCUGGGGGUCCCCUGAGCCCCACAUCAGAUGGGAGAAGGAUGGUCGUCCCCUGAACCUGCACCUCCCACCUGGCACCUACAGUUUGCAGUCCUUAGGGUCACUGCUCAUCUCCAGCCCUGGUCCCCGGGACGAGGGGCGCUUUGAGUGCAUCGCCACCAACGCUGCUGGAGAGGCACGAAAGCUCUUCCUCGUGUCUGUCCAUGUGCCCCCCACCAUCGCUGAUGACCUUACAGAUGUGGUUGUCACCCGGCUGUCCCCUGCAAUCCUCACCUGCUACGCCUCGGGCGUGCCCCCACCCACGGUGUCAUGGAGCAAGGAGGGGGCUCAGCUGGGCAGCAGAGGAAGGGGCUACCGUGUCCUGCCCAGAGGAGCCCUGGAGAUCAGGCAGGCGCUGCCUGCACACAGCGGCCGCUACACCUGCACAGCUCGGAGCGCCGCGGGCACGGCCCGGAAGCACAUCUGGCUCACAGUGCAUGAGCCCCCUGCCUUGAAGCCCCUGCCUGGCAUGGUGAUGGUGACGGUCAACACCAGCGCGGUGCUGUCCUGUGAGGCCACAGGCGUCCCCCGGCCAGAGGUCACCUGGCAAAAGGAUGGCGUUGGCAUCACUGGAGGGUCUGGGCUGAAGGUGCUCCCCAACGGGCAGCUCCGUCUCCUCCGAGCAGCCCCAGAGGAUGCAGGGACCUACCUGUGCAUGGCUCGUAACCCUUCAGGCACCGCUGCGGGGAGGACCAGGCUCAUUGUGCAAGUGCCCCCCAUCAUUGCUGCUGGCCCACUGGAGCUGGUGGUGCUGGAGGGGCUGGAGGUGCUGCUGCCCUGUGCCGCCCGUGGUGUCCCUGAGCCCCGCGUGUCCUGGAGCCGGGAGGGAGCCCUGGUGCGGGGUGGGAAGGCCACGGUCCUGCCCUCCGGGGAGCUGCUGCUCCGGGAUGUCCAGGAAGGGGAUGCUGGAAGCUACUCCUGCACCGCGGUGAACUCUGCUGGGAGGGCCGUUCGCCGGCUCUCCCUCUCCAUCCACACCCUGCCCACCUUCACCCACCUGCCCACAGACCUCACCCUGAGCCGGGGCGAGAGGCUGGAGCUGCUGUGUGCCGCAGUGGGCAGCCCCCAGCCCCGCGUCUCCUGGAUGGCCAACGGGCAGCUCGUCACUGAUGGUGCGUCGGGGCACAGCGGGCGGAGCAUCCUGCGGAGGGAGGCAGCCGCACCCACGGACAGCGGGACCUACGUGUGCCACGCCGAGAACAGCGCCGGGGCCAUCAGGGCCACUGUCUUGGUCUCUGUCAGAGAGGCGCCCGUCAUACAGGGGGAUGGCAGCGUCUACCAGGUGGAGCACUCCGGAGGGGAUGCCAUCCUCGACUGCCGUGCCCAGGGUCACCCUGAGCCCCUCAUCCGCUGGAGCAAGGACGGGGUGCCAGUGGUGGCCCAUGGGCGCCUGCACCAGCUGCAGAAUGGCUCCCUGGCCAUCCGUGCUGUGGGGAGCACCGAUGUGGGGCAGUACCAGUGUGUUGCGGAGAAUGAUGCGGGCACAGCAGCAAAAGUUUUCACCCUGGUUCUGCAGAGUGCCCCUGUGGUGACAGUGACACCAGCAGAGGUGAGGGUCCCUGCUGGGCAGCAGGUGCUGCUGCACUGUGUCGUGUCAGGGGAGCCCACCCCCUCCGUGGAGUGGCAGUGGGAUGGGGAGCCACUGCCCGAGGGUCCCCAUGCUCGUGUCCUGCCCAAUGCCACCCUGUUCCUGCCCUCUGUCACCCACCGUGACGCCGGAAGCUACUCCUGCCUCGCCCGCAAUGCCCUGGGCUCUGCUGUCGCCCACACCUCCCUGGAUGUCCAAGGGGAGCUGCACCGGGUGCGGGGCAGCCUGGUUGGUGUCAUCAAUGGCCACGAGCUCGGUGUCUCCACCCUUGAUGCCAGCGUGCUGGGUGACUCUCAAUCCAGCACCACCGCCCUCCGGAGCAGCAUUGGGAGCAUUCCACCCGCCAUAGGGCCGCUGAUGCGGGUGUUGGUGACCAUCAUCGCCCCCAUUUACUGGUCCUUGGCACACACCAGCGGGGCAGCCCAGAGCGGCUUCCUGCUCACACAGGGCACCUUCCAGCACGAGUCACUGCUGCAGUUUGCCACAGGGGAGCUCCUGCGGGUCACCCACCUCGCCCGGGGCGCGGAUAGUGCUGGCGCUCUGCGGCUGGACAGUGUCAUCAGUGGCUCCGUCCCGGAGAGCUUUGGCGAUGCCGUGGUGCCGCUGCAGGACUUCAGCGAGCGCUACGUGCGGACGGGUGUGGGGCAGCUCUCCGGGGGCUCGGUGCAGAGCUUCCUGUGGGAUGGGCACCUCAUCCGUGCCCACUGCAAUCACACCAUCGUGUUCGACCCCCCCGUGGGGCCACAGCCUCCCCGGGUGCAGCACCUCCGGGCCAGAGCCAUCACAGCCUCCUAUGACCCAGCCAAACAGCAGCUCCACUUCCAGCUCCGUGCCUCGCUUGAUGCAGGGGCAGAUAGAGACCAGUGCCCGCUGGGAUUCAUCCCAGACCCUGGGCAGCUGUACUGCAUUGAUGUUGAUGAAUGCAUCGAGGGGUCCCAUGCCUGUCGCUACAACCAGAUUUGCCAGAACGCCGCCGGGUCCUAUCGCUGCUCCUGCCCUCCUGGCUACCGCACGCUGGGCACUGGCUGGCCGUGCUUGGAUGUCAAUGAGUGCCUGCAUUUCCCCCCACCGUGCGCCUUUGAGUGCCGCAACCUGCGGGGCUCCUACGAGUGCCUGUGCCCCGCCGGCAAGACCCUGCUGCCGGGCGGACAGUGUGGGAUUGAGAGAGGGGACACAACGAGCAGCGUGCCCCGGGACACUCCCCUGCACUGGCAGAGGCCAAGUAGCCGCGCACGGGGCCGAUCGUUCUACACUCAGCUCGCCCUGCGCCGCGUGGCGAAGGAUGCAGGGAUGGGCGCCCGGGGCCCGCCCUGCCCCACGGGCUACGUCAGGAGGAAUGGCACCUGCACUGAUCUCGAUGAGUGUCAGACACUGCACCAGUGCCAGCACGAGUGCAGGAACAGCCUGGGCAGCUACCGCUGCCUCUGCCCCACUGGCUACCGGCUGCUGUCCAACGGGAAGACCUGCCACGAUGUGGAUGAGUGCGUGGAGGGCACAAUGAGGUGUGGCUCGAGCCAGAUGUGCUUCAACACCCGCGGAGGUGCCCGGUGCAUGGAUGUGCCGUGCCCAGCUGGGUACCGGAGAGGCUCCAGCCCAGGGCUGUGCGUGGGUCGCUGCCCUCCGUUCUGCAGCCCUGCCGCCCCCCCCACGCUGCAGUACCAGGUGCUCCCCCUGCCCCUCGGCAUCGCUGCCCGCCGGGACGUGGUGCACCUCACCCCGGCCACCUCCCUGCGCCACCGGCCCGUCUUCAGGCUGCUGGAGCAGGACCCCGACAGCCCCUUCGCCCUCCGCACCGAGCAGGGUCAGGGCAUCAUCUCCACCCUGCGGCCGCUGCGGGAGCCCGGCACGCACCGGCUCAAGGUGCAGGCGCUGCUCCCGGAUGGGCAGCGAGCACCCAACAUCUUCCUCCUGCUCAUCUCUGUCUCCCCCUACCCUUACUGA